GGAAGGUGCAAUCGUUCGACGCCGAGCACUCCCAUCGCUGAUGUCACCGCCCAUUCCCUCUCACCACCCAAUGCCCCGUUGACCUCCCUUCCUUUCCCUUCCAGCUAUGUCCUCACACAACGACCCCGCCCCGUCGACAGGCCACAGCCCCGAUCACGAUCCCCCCACCGCCGAGGUCUCGCAGGCCCCGAACGGAGAGCGCCCCGGCGCGGCGCAGGAUCCCCCAGGCCCUUCGCACCAUGACACCGUUCGCGGGACUGACCGAGUCUACCCCAUCCGAUCGAUCAUCUCCGUCAACCCCUCCUCCGCCACGAGCCCGCCCCAGCCCGAUGCCCAGGGGACUAUACAUUCACCGCGGAGUGGCGCUCGCUCCUACUCCAUCAUCGAUGCGCACACCUGGGAUCAGUUGAAGUCCCAGCCCAGUUCCAACCCACAGACUGAUUCGUCGCGGAGUCGUUCCCAGAGUGCAGUCGAGUCAAUCCCCGGGCAGCGGUCGCAUCAGUCGCCCGAUGUGCGCUCGCCCACAUCGAAUCCCGACAGCUCGACGGGCGCGAAGGACACGAGUCCCCCCGACUCGGAUCAUCCGGGCCUGUUCACCACCCGGUUCCAACAUGUCAUGACGGAUGGGGGGCAUGCCAUUAUCACGGGCAACACCCCAGAUUCCUUCCGCGCCUGCGAAGAUGAACCCAUUCGUAUCCCGGGCGCGGUGCAGAGCUUCGGUGUCCUCGUGGCGUUACGGGAGCCCUCCGAGGGCGUGCUGCGGGUCCAUGUGGCCAGUGAAAAUUCCGAGGCCAUCCUGGGCCACUCCCCCGGUAAUCUCUUCGCGCUGGAGAGCUUCACCGACCUGCUGCAGGAAGACCAAGUCGACAUCCUCUUGGAUCAUCUGGACUUUAUCCGGGACGAUGUCUACGAUCCUGCCGCGGAUGGCCCGGAAGUCUUUAUCCUGGCGGUCAAUAACCGACUGGGCCGUCCGCGCCGGUUCUGGUGUGCCAUCCACGUGCAUCCCGACCACCGGGACGUCAUAAUCUGCGAGUUCGAGUUGGAGGAUGAUCGCAUCAACCCGCUCAACGUGGCGGGUCGGAACACCCCGACCACCCCGACGGAUACGCUGGGCUUCGAGUUCACCGCUGAUAAAUGGACCGGCAGCACCGUCAACAUCAGCCAACCGCUGCGCUUGCUGCGGAACGCGCGCCGGAGACGCGGCGAAGCCGCGGCUAUGGAGGUGUUCAGCAUCGUGAGCCAGAUCCAAGAUCAGCUGGGCAAUGCCACCAACAUCGAUCAGCUGCUGAACGUCUCGGUGGGGAUAGUCAAGGAGCUGACCGGAUUUCACCGGGUGAUGAUCUACCAGUUCGACAGCGAGGCCAACGGAUUCGUUGUGGCCGAGCUAGUCGACAUGCGCAUGACCAAGGACCUGUACAAAGGACUGCAUUUCCCCGCCGCGGAUAUCCCCCGGCAAGCCCGGGACUUGUAUCGCAUCAACAAAGUGCGCCUCCUGUACGACCGGGAUCAUAUCAGCUCCCGCUUGGUGUGUCGCAGCGUCGAGGACCUGGAGACCCCGUUGGACAUGACUCACGGGUACCUCCGGGCCAUGUCGCCCAUCCACAUCAAGUACCUGGCCAACAUGGGUGUCCGGUCCUCCAUGUCCAUCAGCAUCAACGGAGCCCGUGACCUCUGGGGCCUGAUCUCCUGUCACUCCUACGGUGACUCCGGCAUGCGGGUGCCGUUCCCCAUCCGAAAGAUGUGCCGCUUGAUCGGGGAUACCCUCUCGCGCAAUAUCGAGCGCCUCUCCUACGCCUCGCGUCUGCAGGCCCGCAAACUCAUCAACACCAUCCCCACCGACGCGAACCCCUCCGGGUACAUCAUCGCCUCCUCGGACGAUCUCCUCAAGCUGUUCGAUGCCGACUACGGCGCACUGUCGAUACGCGGGGAGACCAAAAUCCUCGGCAAAUCCACCGAGUCGCAGGAGAUGCUGGCACUCAUCGAGUUUCUCAAGAUGCGCCAGCUCAAGUCGGUGGUGGCGUCGCACCACGUCAAGAAGGAUUUCAUUGAUCUGCAUUACCCCCCGGGGUUCAAGGACAUCUCGGGGAUGCUCUAUGUGCCCCUCUCGGCCGACGGCAAAGACUUCAUCGCUUUCUUCCGGCGCGGCCAGCUAACGGAGAUGAAGUGGGGGGGCAAUCCGUAUGAGAAGAUCAUGAAGGAUGGGCACCUCGAGCCUCGUAAGAGUUUCCAGGUCUGGAGUGAGACAGUCGUCGACCAGGCGCGUGAAUGGACCGAGUCGGAGGUCGAAACCGCUGCGGUCCUAUGUCUGGUGUACGGCAAAUUCAUCAAGGUGUGGCGGCAGCAGGAAGCUGCCUUGGAAGGGUCGCAGCUGACGAAGCUGCUCUUGGCCAACUCGGCCCACGAAGUGCGAACGCCCUUGAACGCCAUCAUCAACUAUCUGGAGAUCGCCUUGGAAGGCGCUCUGGACAAGGAAACCCGUGAGAACCUGACCAAGUCCCACUCCGCCUCGAAAUCCCUCAUCUACGUGAUCAAUGACCUGUUGGAUCUGACCAACACCGAGAGGGGGAGGAACCUCAUCAAAGACGAACUGUUCGAUCUCCCGUUGUGUUUCCAGGAGGCGACGGCGAUGUUCGAUGGCGAGGCCCAACGCAAAGGCCUUCGCUAUACCGCCAUCGCGCAUCCAGGGCUCCCCACCACCGUCAUGGGCGAUGGCAGGCGCGUUCGGCAGACCAUCUCCAAUCUGAUCUCGAAUGCCCUCCAACACACCUCGUCGGGCGCGGUCACGGUGGAAAUGUGGCGGGCGCCCGUCGCCCCCGAGCCCGGAUUUGCCACCAUCCACAUGACGGUGCUCGAUACCGGAUCGGGGAUGUCGUCGACGACACUGGAGACCAUGUUCCAGGAACUCGAGCAGGUAUCUGCCGAAGACGACAGCUACUUCUUCGACCGUGAUCCGAACAAUUCGUCUCCAGCGCCCAAGGACGCCACCGAGAAGGGGGUCCUCGGGCUGGGACUCGCCCUGGUGUCCCGCAUCGUGCGGAAUACUCACGGCCAGCUGACGGUCCGGUCCGAGGAGGGAAAAGGCAGUCGCUUUCAGAUCUCGCUGCAGUUUGCCACGCGGGACGAGGAGGAACCUCUGGGUGAGCCGGAACUUCCCACUCCUCCGAGUCGGGACGAGGAGGGCUUUGUUCCCUUCUCUGAGGCCAAAGAGGAGUUUGUGCUGGUCGAUCACAGCUCUCCGGCCCCAUCGGAACGCUGGCGGCGCAGCGGUAGCCUCCGGGAAGGGGGUAGCCAGUCUGGCGGCGAGGACACCAACACCCCCGAUGGAACGGCCGAUCAAGCGCAGCUUCCCUCGUCUGGCUGUCCCAAGCUCGUGACGCUGCCGCCCACCCCCCAGGCCCCUGAGCAGCCGGAGGUGAAGGAGCUGAAGGAGCCCUCGACAUCCCAAGAACCCCCCACCUCUCACCCCGAGCCGGCGAUGUCCACGGAAACUGCCCCUCCCCCUACCGAUCCAAAGCCCCCUCUCCCCGGGACGUAUCGUGUGUUGGUGGCCGAGGACGACCCCAUCAACGGCAAGAUCCUAGAGAAGCGGCUCGGCAAAACCGGCCAUACCGUCCAUCUCACACUCAACGGCGAAGAAUGCGCGGCUGCCUACCGCGCGGAUACCCAGGUUGACCUUGUGUUGAUGGACAUCCAGGUAAGACUCGCUCGGUUGAAAUUCCCGACCCGUGCUAAUGGCCGCAGAUGCCGAUUGUCGAUGGGAUCAACUCGACCAAGAUGAUCCGCCAGUUCGAGCAGACCUCCGAUACUGC